AAAAAAACAUCCCGAGCUGAGCUCCGCUACACGGACUCUCUCCUCAAAGGUCACCGCUGCUCGGAAGAGGCUGCUGCUUAUCCCCAUUUGGAGCCUGUCACUCCGGACACACAGCACAGAACAUGUGCGGACAGAGGUAACCGUCCCCCGGGCUGCUGCUGCCUCCCCAGCCGGCUGAAGGACUAGGCAGGACGGACAGACGCAGAUGGAGAGGCCGCGCAGGCUGCUGCUGCUGUCCGAGCUCCGCGUCAGAAACGCCGCGUACGAUGUGAGUCUGAGCCGGUCCCUGCUCACCUGGAAGAGACGGAUCUCCAGCCCGGUGUACCACCCGUUCAGACCCUCUGUACAUCACAGUGUGUCAGUGUCGGAGAUCAUCUCUGUCAGAGAGGAAGAGGAGGAAUACAGCAGCAGACGAAGAGACGAUGGCAGCUGGAGGAAGAUCAAAGAGAGAGACGGGAAGGACUGCAGGCAGACCUUCAGAGUGUUAUAUGUGGAGAGGUGUCAGCAGCACCGCUGGCGGUGUGCUGAGGUCACCUUCACGUGUUCAGAUGAGGCACUGUGUCAACGCUGGGUCAGCAGCAUCAGAGAGCAGCUCGCCUCUAUCACCACCAGACCCAAACACCUGCUGGUCUACAUCAACCCUUAUGGGGGGAAGCGACAGGGCAAACGCAUCUAUGAGCAGAAGGUUGUCCCGCUGUUUGCUGAGGCCGGCAUCUCCACGGAUGUCAUCGUGACAGAGUAUGCCAAUCAUGCGAGGGAUCACCUGAGGACAGAGGCAGAGCUGAAGAAGUAUGAUGGUGUGGUGUGCGUUGGAGGGGACGGCAUGUUCAGCGAGAUCAUCCACGGGCUGAUCUUGAGGACGCAGAUCGACGGUGGCGUAGAUCCAAACUGUGCGGAUGAGUCGCUGCUUCCCUGCUCACUUCGAAUCGGAAUCAUUCCUGCAGGUUCAACAGACUGUAUCUGCUUCGCCACUGUGGGCACCAACGACCCCGUGACCUCUGCUCUACACAUCAUAGUGGGAGACUCCCAGCCCAUGGACGUAUGUUCGGUUCACCACAACAACACAUUCCUGCGAUACUCCGUCUCCCUGCUGGGAUACGGUUUCUAUGGCGACGUGCUGACUGACAGUGAGAGGAAGAGAUGGAUGGGGCCGGCCAGAUACGACUUAUCAGGUCUGAAAAUGUUCCUGACUCAUCAUUAUUACGAAGGAACAGUGUCCUACCUGCCUGCCAGAGGCAUCAUGGGAACGCCACGAGACGCGGCCAGGUGUCUAUCAGGCUGUGAGGUUUGUCAGCACAACGGGCAGCAACUUGUAGAAACAUCUGAGAGGCACGAGAUGGAUGAAGCAUCGGAUAGCGAGAGUGACGGUGAGUGGAAGAUGAUCCGAGGGAAGUUUCUGGCUAUAAAUGCUGCCAGUAUGAGCUGUGCUUGUCCUCGCAGCCCAAAGGGCCUCUCACCUGCCGCUCACCUAGCUGACGGCACCACCGACCUCAUUCUGGUCCGGAAAUGUUCCCGCUUUGAUUUUCUCAGACACCUUCUGCGACACACCAGCAAAGAUGACCAGUUUGACUUGACCUUUGUCGAGGUCCACCGAGUGCGGCGUUUCCGCUUCACGCCUCGUCACUGCCAGAGUGACUCUGACCUGGAGCUGGACCUGCAAGAGCAUGGCAAACGCCAGAUCUUCAGCCAGAUCUGCCGAGACCACCCGGCUUGCAGCUGUGCCCCCGCCUACAGCAGCUGGAACUGCGAUGGCGAGAUCCUGACCCACACGGCCAUCGACGUUAGAGUGCACUGCCAGUUGAUCAAGCUGUUUGCACGAGGGAUCGAAGAACAGGCAGUUUUCGAGGAUCUCACCAACCCCUGUGCAAUAUAGACCCUUACCCCAAUUUCCCCCCAUCAGACACUGGAGUCUUAUCUCUGUUUCCAGCCAUCGCCUAUGUUACUGCUGCAGGAAUCGUCAUGCAACACUCAUCGCAUCCUUCAUCAGGAGACUCAACAGGAUUUUGAAUGACGUAUGACAAUGUAACUUCCUUGGUUUAAUAAUGUCAAAAAUGAGUUUCCUUAAAUCGCCUUGAUCUGCUUUAUAUGUAACCCCUUGGAAGUAGCAGCUGCUUUUAGAAAUCAAUCACAAAAUGAUAGACCUUGUGGAGAGAAAUGUUUCACCUUUAGAGUUUGGAUUAGUUGUGGAUGACACUGUUGGUGUCUUGUUGUGACAGCUGAGUGGUUGCCGGGUGUCUGACACCUCAAUCUUGUAGACGCUUUAACUCGGACUUGUCUUGAUCUUGUCACUUAUUGUAUCAGGACUGGUAUUGAGUUUUGUUGUCUCUGACUUUUCUUGUUUAACAGUCUUUUGUCUUGAGGAUGAAGUCUGGUAGAUGUAAGGGGUUUUGAAUCAGACUUCAACUUGCUUGUCUAGCUUUGACUUGUUCAGGAUUAAUUCUCUGAAUUGCUGUAGAACUCAAGUUACAUCUCUAUCGACAAAGUUAUUUUCAAUUAUUUCCGAUUCGCCUUGUACCUGUGAUUGUUUUGUCUUUGACAUGUCUUAAUCUUGACUACCAGUUACUCUCAAUUGUAACUGCAAUCUUGACUAAAACUCGACCCCUAUUUGGACUUGACUCUGACACGUUUUGACUUGGACUUGUCUUGAGCUUGACUUAAAUUGCCUGUUCA